CCCCACGUUAAAAGGCCUAUGAACGCCUUCAUGGUCUGGGCUAGGGAAGAGAGGCGGAAAAUCCUGAAAGCUUGUCCGGAUAUGCACAACUCCAGCAUAAGUAAAAUUUUAGGAUCGAAAUGGAAAGCAAUGAGUAACGCGGACAAACAGCCAUACUAUGAGGAGCAAUCGAGGCUGAGCAAGUUGCACAUGGAAAAACAUCCGGACUAUAGAUACAGGCCUCGUCCAAAACGAACC